UAGUCUUUUGGUCCCAGAACCACCGAACCGAAAUUUGAACGAACCUUUUUAUACGCUCUCCCCUCAUAUGCGUUUGGCAUUUGAUUUAUGUGUUGUGUGUUUACUUAUAUAUUUCCUUACCUACUGAUAGUAUUGAUGUUCUAAUUUCCAAUUUAAUCUGACAAUCUGUUCGUGCAAAAGUAAACAUUUACACAACAUACAUUUACACAUAGAAACUCAAUUUACGAAAAAUUAAGUUUCGUUAACAAACUCGUUCAAAGAUUAUCAACUGAAAUAUCGUAAACCGACAGUAAAAAAAAAAAAAAAAAAAAAAAUACCAAAUUUCAUUACAAGAGCAUAUAAUUAAAAGGACGAUUCGUGAGCACACAGUGCAAGAGAAACGUGAGCUGGUUACACACGUCAAUUGACAAAUUGAAGAAAACAAUGGGCAUUUAUUUGGUGUGGUUUAUAAACUUUAUCUGUCGGAGAUUGUUUAUGAAAAAAUAAGAAACAAACAAGUAGCGCAAGGCAUACAAAUACACGUUUGAGAUAUUUUGGACGCCCUCAACCCUCCUUGAAUACCACUUCUAAUCUUAUACCUGUGAUAUUUUAAAAUGGCUUUAUACGACAAUCCACAUUGGAUGUUAGUAUAUAUUAAGGACAGUUUUAUGUACAGCGACAAGACAGGCAAAGCAGAAAGUGUUAUGAUAAAAGAUGAUUUUCCUAAGAUUUUACAAAGUAAAGGUAUGGAACCAUUGCCUGAAGCUGUAGAUAGCGAUGAAGAAGAUUUUGAGGCUGUAAUAGGCUCUAGUGAUAUUGAGAUUGGUAAUUUAGGAAACUUUGAUAAGGAAUAUGGUCACAGGCAUAGAACAAGUACAGCUCAGCGUUUGGAAAGAUUGGAUAUGGAAAGAAAUAAGGCAUCCAAAAUCAAGCACAUUAAGUGGGAAUACAAUCCAAACAAUAUUAGUGCGGAAGAGCAAAAAGAAUUGUUUAAAAAAAAAGAUUUGCAAAUGAUCAAACUGGAAGAUAUUGCUAGUAAAAGAUCUUUACUUUCGGAACAGCUUGAAAGGAGCAAAACUACACCUCUUAAUCCUUUUAUGGCUUAUGCAAAAUACGAUGGGGAUAUACACAUUGGAGUACCUGUAAAAAAAAUAAAGAUAUUUAUGUGCAUGCUUCCUACAGACCAAAGAUCAUACCCUUUGCACGUUGCUGUUACUACAAAUGCCACAGUUGAAGAAUUUAUUGGACUUAUAUUCUAUAGAUAUUUCAAUGUUCAUUCCGAAAUGAAAUUUCAACAAGACCUCAGUAAAUACGGAUUGUACAUGGCAGAAGAUGAUGGUGAAGUGGAUCGAGAUUUUCCUUGUUUGGAUCCAAAAGAAAUGAUGGCAAAGUUUGACUUUGCAACGCUAGGCCUUGUUGAAUUACAACCCAAUGAAAAAGAACGUCAUGAUACUAUUAAAACUUUGACAACUCGUAAGAAUGAGUUGGAAAAGAUAGAUAAAUUGCAAGAAGUAGCUAGUGAUCUUGCUAAAAUGGCUGUACAUACUAACGCCAUGGAAGCUCCUUUUUAUCAAUCUUACAGAGUCUGCAUCAUUAAUAAAGUUAGAACAAAGACUGAAGUACAACUCGGAAUAUCUGGGGAAAAAAUAGAAAUUGAUCCUGUUAUCACCAGUAAAGGUGCUAGCAGAUUUUGGCAUAGACAACGAGCUGUAACACACAACAUGAACAAUGUUGCUUUUAGUGGAGUAAUAGAUUUUAAAGGAUCAAAAUCCAUUUUUACAUUAAUAAUUAGCCACUGCGAUCCUCACAUUUCUAGAGCAUUAGAAGGCUUAAAUGUAUCCAUUAGCGGCACUCGAUCUCUUAGGCGAUCAGCAUCAUUUAAAAGUUACGAAUUCGAAGCUGAGUCUGCUGUUGCCAAUGAAAUAGUAACAAAAAUAAAUUCUAUAUUGGAAAUGACAAGCAGUGCAACAGUGAAAGAGUAUCAAAAUUAUAAAGACCGUAAAGCUAGAAGAAAAAGUUUCCACACCCACAGAUGACCACUUUACUAUGUUACACGUUUUGUUGUUGUUGAAUAAAAAAAAAAAAAUUAAAAAAAUAUUAUUUGAAACUCAUUACAAAUGUAAAUUGCAAUA